AUGACCGAUCUCGAAACCAGAAUAUCCGCGAUCCCAAUUGAACGAUAUCGCAACUUCUGUAUUGUCGCGCACGUCGACCAUGGAAAGAGCACACUCUCCGACCGACUCCUGGAACUUACCGGCACAAUCAAACCGGGGACGAAUAAGCAGGUUCUAGACAAACUCGAUGUCGAGCGCGAACGAGGAAUUACAGUCAAAGCACAGACAUGUACUAUGAUAUACAACCAUAAAGGGGAGGACUAUCUUCUGCACCUUGUUGAUACCCCGGGCCACGUCGAUUUUCGCGCGGAAGUGUCGCGGAGUUACGCAAGUUGCGGAGGGGCGCUACUGCUGGUUGAUGCCAGUCAAGGUAUUCAGGCACAGACUGUCGCGAACUUUUACCUUGCCUUUUCUCAGGGAUUGGAGUUGGUCCCCAUCAUCAAUAAGGUCGACCUACCCUCCGCCGAACCGGAACGCGCCCUGGAUCAGUUGGAGCAGUCGUUUGAGCUUGAUACGGAAGAUGCAGUGCUCGUUUCAGCAAAGACAGGACUGAAUGUGGAAAAACUUCUCCCUACAAUUGUGGAGAAGAUCCCUGCACCGGUCGGCGACUCCAAGAAACCUCUCCGCAUGCUGCUUGUCGAUUCCUGGUACGAUUCUUACAAGGGCGUUAUCUGCCUAGUCCGUGUGUUCGAUGGUGAACUCCGCAGCGGUCAGCAAGUUGUGUCCUUCGUAACAGGGAUUAAGUAUUUCGUGGGGGAAGUUGGUAUCCAAUAUCCUACCGAAACCGCCCAAACUGUCCUCCGCGCCGGUCAAGUCGGAUACAUUUACUUCAACCCGGGUAUGAAACGAAGUAAAGAGGCCAAGAUUGGUGACACUUUUACCACGGUCGGGUCGGAGAAGCUCGUGGAGCCACUGCCUGGAUUCGAGGAGCCCAAGGCAAUGGUCUUUGUAGCUGCGUAUCCUGUAGAUGCAGACCAUUUUGAACACCUGGAGGACAGCGUCAACCAGCUCAUGCUUAACGAUCGAAGUAUCACUGUGCAAAAAGAGUCCUCGGAGGCGCUUGGGGCAGGCUUUAGACUCGGGUUUCUGGGGACUUUGCACUGCUCGGUCUUUGAGGACCGCCUUCGUCAGGAACACGGUGCGAGUAUUAUCAUUACCCCGCCGUCCGUCCCGGUUAAGGUCAUCUGGAAGGAUGGGAAGGAGGACAUUAUUGCCAGCCCAGCCAAAUUUCCGGACGAGGACACGGUGCGCAUGAAGGUUGCAGAGUUGCAAGAGCCGUACGUUUUGGCCACUUUGACUUUCCCUGAUGAAUAUCUCGGAAAAGUUAUUGAACUUUGCGAAGCGAAUCGAGGAGAGCAACAGAGCUUGGAGUAUUUCACCUCAACUCAAGUUAUCCUCAAGUACCAGCUCCCUCUGGCCCAACUGGUCGACGAUUUCUUUGGCAAGCUGAAGGGCGGGACGAAAGGAUACGCUUCGCUAGACUACGAGGAGUCUGGUUGGAGAACCAGCAACAUUGUCAAGCUGCAAAUGCUCGUUAACAAAGCACCUGUGGAUGCUGUUGCUCGACUCGUCCACUAUAGCCAGGUGGAGAGACUGGGAAGACAGUGGGUGACCAAGUUCAAAGAGCAUGUCGACCGACAGUUGUUCGAGGUUAUCAUCCAGGCGGCGGUCGGCCGCAAAGUCGUGGCGCGUGAAACAGUCAAGCCAUACCGGAAAGAUGUGCUGGCAAAACUCCAUGCCAGUGAUGUUAGUCGGCGAAGGAAGCUGUUGGAGAAACAGAAGGAAGGACGAAAGCGACUCAGAGCCGUUGGAAAUGUGGUGAUUGAGCACAAGGCGUUCCAAGCAUUCCUGUCGAACGUGAUGCAGCCUCUGGAAGGUGUGCAGGCCGACCUGGGCAAGGCCCAGGUCAUCGACCGCGUCCCUAAAGUGAUCAAGGAGCUGAAGUUUGGCGUUCUGUCCAACGAUGACAUUGUCAGCCAAGGCGUGGUGGAAGUAUCCGACCGCAAAUUCUACAACCUCGAAAAUGACCGAGCCGUCGUUCCUCAUGGCCCUCUCGACGGGCGCAUGGGUAUUUCGAACAAGUCCUCGUCCUGCCAGACCUGCGGCGGUGCGCUGCAAGUUUGCAACGGCCAUUUCGGCCAUGUGAGACUCGUCUUGCCUGCGUUCCAUGUGGGAUAUUUCAAGCGGGUGAUUAGUAUCUUGCAGGAAAUUUGCAAGGAGUGUUCGCAUAUCCUGCUUCCGGAAUCAGAGCGCCGUGCUUUUCUCCGUGAGAUGCGCCGCCCGCGACUGGAUAACCUGCGACGGUUGCAGAUUGCCAAACGAGUCAACGAACGCUGCCGCAAGACCCGAACCUGCGAAUACUGUGGUACUGUGAACGGCGUGGUUAAGAAAACAGGCACCAGCUCUCUUAAAAUUACCCAUGACAAAUUCCGUGCCUUUAAUGCGUCGACAUCCAUGAAAAAGGUCCCGCCGCCUAGCAAGAUUGUUUUCGAUAGGUCGCUCGAAGAGGCGAGGAGUUCGAACGGGGAGGUGGAGAAACACUACAAAAAAGCCCAGGAUGAUUUGAAUGCACUGCGGGUCUUGAACUUGUUCAAGCGCAUCUCAGAUAGCGAUUGCGAGCUGUUAGGCUUGGAUCCUAAGGAAGCAAGACCGGAGAUGUUUCUUUGGCAGUUCAUCCCUGCACCGCCGGUUUGUAUUCGCCCCUCCGUGGGUCAGGAUGCUUCGUCCACUGAGGAUGAUCUGACGGCCAAGUUGGGAGAUAUUGUUCAGAGUAACAUUAAUCUCAAAAAUUCUUUGUUGAAAGGUGCACCUGUGCAGACCAUUAUGGAAUGCUGGGACUACAUGCAGCUACAAAUUGCUGUCUAUAUCAACAGUGAUGUUCCGGGUCUCAACAAGGCGGACCUGGGAAAGCCCAUCCGUGGUUUUGUGCAGCGUUUGAAAGGAAAGCAGGGUCGAUUCCGUGGUAAUCUUUCCGGAAAGCGUGUCGAUUUCUCUGGUCGAACUGUUAUUUCGCCUGAUCCUAAUCUACGUGUUGAUGAGGUUGCGGUUCCGGAGCUUGUUGCAAAGAAUAUGACUUAUCCCGAGGUGGUCUCUAGAUACAACAAGGAGAAGUUACAGCAACGGGUCCGAAAUGGAACAAAAAAGUGGCCGGGUGCCAACUAUAUCGUCAAGAAAGGCAACCCAUUGAAGACUAUGCUCAAGUACGGUAACUUGAAGUUCAUUGCCGACCAACUGCAGGAAGGAGACAUUGUUGAACGCCAUAUUGAAGAUGGUGAUAUCGUCCUGUUCAACCGUCAGCCCUCUCUCCACAAACUCAGUAUUCUAUCCCAUUUUGCAAAAGUUCGCCCUCACCGAACAUUCCGAUUGAACGAGUGUGUUUGCAAUCCAUACAAUGCUGAUUUCGAUGGUGACGAAAUGAACCUUCACGUGCCUCAGACAGAAGAGGCCAGAGCCGAAGCAAUGGAGUUGAUGGGUGUGAAGAAUAACUUGGCAACCCCCAAAAACGGAGAGCCGAUUAUUGCCGCUAUUCAAGAUUUCAUUAGUGCCGCCUAUCUGCUCAGCAGCAAGGAUAACUUCUUCGACCGACGUACUUUCACCCAGAUAUGCUUGUACAUGCUUGGCCCGGAAACCCGUUUCGAUCUUCCAGCGCCUGCGGUUCUUAAACCACAAAUGCUCUGGACAGGAAAGCAAGUUUUCAACAUUUUGAUGCGCCCAAAUAAAGACGACCCCGUUAUGGUCAACCUAGACGCCGCUUGCAGAGAAUUCAAGCAAGCAAAGGAUCGGCCAAGGGACCUGGACCCCAACGAUGGAUGGCUUGUCGUUCGGAAUUCAGAGGUCAUGUGUGGUGUGAUGGACAAGUCUACAAUUGGUUCUGGAAAGAAGGACAAUGUGUUCUAUAUUAUGCUUCGUGAUUUUGGCCCAGCCGCAGCAGCCGAGGGAAUGAACCGUCUAUCGAAACUAUCGGCUCGUUGGUUCACGAACAUGGGCUUUUCUAUCGGAAUCACAGACGUAUACCCCAGCGAGAAACUGAUUCGUUCGAAGAACGACCUAGUCGAAGCGGCAUACGCGAAGUGUGACGAGGUUAUUGCACAAUACAAGGCUGGAACGCUGGAAAAAUAUCCUGGGUGUGACGAAUUGCAGACCAUGGAAAACCAGCUCUCUGGUAUUUUGAGUAAAGUCCGUCAACAGGCUGGUGAUGAGUGUAUUCAACAGUUGAGCAAAUACAACUCUCCACUGAUCAUGGCUACAUCUGGAUCGAAAGGUUCCAGUAUCAACGUGUCUCAGAUGGUUGCUCUCGUGGGUCAACAAAUUAUUGGCGGCCAGCGUGUGCAGGAUGGUUUCCAGGAUCGAACCCUACCCCAUUUCCCAAAGAAUGCCCGACAGCCCCCGUCAAAGGGCUUCGUUCGGAACAGUUUCUUCUCGGGUCUUCUUCCCUACGAAUUUAUUUUCCACGCCAUGUCUGGUCGUGAAGGUCUGGUUGACACUGCAGUCAAGACUGCCGAAACCGGUUACAUGUCACGUCGUCUUAUGAAGUCUCUGGAAGAUCUUUCUACUGGAUAUGAUGACACAGUGCGAAACUCGUCCCAGGGAAUUGUGCAAUUCCAGUAUGGUGACGACAAGUUGGAUCCCGUGGAUAUGGAGGGCAAAGCUAGGCCAGUCCACUUCGACCGAACUUUCAUUCACUCCGAGUCUACGACCUAUGAGAAUGAUGAGCGCAGUCUGUCCCCCGCUGAGAUCAUGCAAGUAUGUGAGGAAAUGCUCUCAAAGGAGCGUGCCAAGCUUCUACGGAAAGAUCUGAUGGGAACUGAGCUGGGCUAUAUGGAUCGUACUGACCACGGUAUUGACCAAUUCGAGAGUGCCCGUGACUUCCUCGAAUCUAUUCAGCAAUACGUUGGAACGAAAGCGGACAAGCUGAUUUCUCGAGGUGGCGACAGCGACCCGUCCGACGAGAGGACCAUCAAGGGGUUGAACCACACAGGAAAGCUCACGGAGACGACGCUUCGGACUUUCAUUACUGAGUGUCUGACGAAGUACAAGAGAGCCCAAGUUGAGCCAGGACAUGCUGUUGGCGCUGUUGGUGCCCAGUCCAUUGGAGAGCCUGGUACCCAGAUGACUUUGAAGACUUUCCAUUUUGCUGGUGUCGCCGGUAUGAGUAUCACCCAGGGUGUUCCCCGUAUCAAGGAAAUCAUCAACGCCUCCAAAGAGAUCAGUACUCCUGUUAUUGCUUGCGAGCUGGUUGAAAAGCAACACGUUGUCGGUGCCCGCAUGGUCAAGGGACGUAUCGAAAAGACUUUCUUGCGCGAUAUCGCCCAUUAUAUCCGGGAAACCUGGACCGGGAAAGAGGCGUUCUUGACCGUCAAGAUCAACUGGAACACGAUUAGAGAUUUGGAACUUGAUCUAUCGAUCCCGAAGAUCCGUCGUGCGAUCGAGAGCACCCGACGAUUCAAGGCAGACGACUUGACGUUCAGAUCAACGCGCUCCCACAUCCACAUUAUGAUCGAUUUGGAUCCUUCUAGCAAGGACAAGCUGUCCAAGACAGAGAUUGCCGCCACUAGUGCGGAUCCCUUCCUCCGCUUGAAGGCUCUCAAGCGUCUCCUCCCCGACAUCCAAGUCCUCGGACACCCGCAAGCAAGCCGUGCUAUCAUCCGUACCGACGAAAAAUCUGAGAAGAACACCCUCUUGGUCGAAGGAUACGGACUCCGACAGUGCAUGAACACGGACGGUGUCGAUGGCCUCCGUACCAUGUCUAACAACGUUAUGGAAGUGCGUGACGUUCUCGGAAUCGAAGCAGCCCGGAAGACCAUUAUCCAAGAAAUCAGCGAAGUCAUGAAGGACAUGGACAUCGACCCGCGUCACAUGCAGCUACUGGCCGAUGUCAUGACCUACAAGGGCGAGGUACUAGGUAUCACCCGAUUCGGUCUGGCAAAGAUGCGCGACUCCGUUCUGCAACUGGCCUCGUUCGAGAAAACAGCGGACCACCUGUUCGAUGCUGGUGGAGCCGGCCGGACAGAUCUCAUCGAGGGUGUCUCGGAGUGUAUCAUCAUGGGCAAGACGGUGUCUCUGGGUACAGGUGCGAUGGAGGUUGUGCGUAAGAUGAAUUUCUACGAAAACCAGAUCGGGGCGAAGAAGACUACCUUUGAAGAUGCUUGGAAUGAUGUUCACAACCAGAAGAGCAAGAAGAGAAAGGCAUAG